AUGUCGAAAGAGGAAGAAGCCCUCUGUCACAUCAAAACCUCCUCGCAUUGUGAGAGUCUCAGCGCGGUGCCUUAUUUAGAGAAGUUUAACAAUCAGUACAUUAGAAAGUUGAAAGCCGGAUAUUUUUGCGAAUUUUGCAAUAAGCUGAUGCAAACUACGAUGCAUGUUAAUCUACAUCUGUGCGAAGAAUAUCACCAACAAAACAGAGGUCGUAAAUUACUCAAAUCUUUGAGUCGUGGUGUUAUUGCGUUUAAUAAUGUCCAUAUUGAAGAACGCGCUUGGCAUGGCAUAAUUGACAACGUCUGCUGUAUUUGUGUCACUGAAUUUGAAGAUGAAGUUCUACAUAAACAGAAUGCUUCCCAUGCUCUGAGUCUUAUACAAAGGCCUGUCAAAUUUGGAGAAAAUGACGCCAUCUAUCGCCCAAUUGACAAUUCAAGUUUUCAUUGUAUCACUUGCAAUAAGCUACUUUCUUCAAGUACGAUGAACAAACAUUUUAAUGAUGCUGACCACCUUGAUCUUUACUCAAAGUGCAAAGUAAGAUCAAAUAAAGAUAGUGAUGAAAAGGAUAGCGAUGCAAAAUUAAUAGAUACAAAUUCAAUAUAUUGUGACGAUAUCAACAAAAACGAAAUUAACUCUUAUACUAGAGAAGGCAAUGAUGAUAACGUUAAUAAGGACGAGACACAGACCGCUUUCUUUAAAAAAUCUUCCAUAGAUAUCUAUCCAAAUCAACGUAAUAUUGAAAAAGAUAUUGCAGAUCAUUUAAAAGCUGGCACUUCAGCAGAGAGUGAUGAAAGCGAAUAUGACAAGACAACUGAAAUAAAUGUUGUACUGAAUGUGAAAGGUCACCAUGAAGGUUACAAAGACGCAGUACUGCAAGAAAUUAGCCAUGUAAAUACAGCUUGUAAAGAUGUGAAUGCGCUUGAAAGUGGUAGUUCAAAUCCAGACACAAAUAAUGAUAAUCCAAGCUCCACUGACGUCAUCAGAUCAAUUGCGAAAAAUAAUAAUAUAACUUACAGUUACAGCAACAACGCAUUUUGUCAUCCCUGUCAAGUAAAAAUACCAUUUACUUUGAAAUCCAUAAAUGAACACGUCAAAGAAGUACGGCAUAAAAAAAAACUAACAGCAACACAGACAAGGCAAGCUAUGGUCGUAUUUGUACAUUCAUUAUUGCAUGUACAAAGCAGAAGUGUGACGGAAAUUAAUUCUGGUUAUCUGAUUAAUAACAAAUAUUAUUUAACUUUAUUGAGCUAUUUGUUGCUUGCAAAAAAUACGUCAGGUGACGGUUUGAUAUGCCUAUUAUGUGGCAUUACUCUGCCUCGAUAUCCAGAGGUACCAGUAGCGCACAUCGAUAACUGUUCUCUCCCAAAGGGAAAACAUAUUCAAAUCAUUACGUGUGAAAAAGAAGAAUUCAUAAGAGAGAUUCAACCAGAUGCAUUUCAUUGCGGGUUCUGCCACAUCGUCGUAUCUGGUUGGAACAAAAUGCAGGGUCAUCUUCAAAGUCCAGAACACGAUCGUCAGAAGUCGGAUUCAUACUAUCAGUUUCAAUCAAUUAACUUAAAGUUGCUUCAAAGAUAA